GUUUAUUCGUACCCGAUAGCUAGACCAGACCAGUGUGAAGAUCGCUCGAUCAAUCGCAGUGAGAGUUUAUUUCAAGCGAAACCGCAUGCAUACAUAAGUGGAAGAUUUUGUAGAAGAAACAGCAAAAAAUAGAAGUGUGAAAAAUUGGUGUGCACAAAUUGGAGGGAGGAUUUUUUCCAAGUGAAAACGGAACAAAUAAGCAAGGCGAAAAUUGAAAUCAAAUUGGGAAAACUGAUAACAUAUCUGGGGAAAAAGAUUGGUGGAAAAUCUAAACAACUUUGAAAGUGUGUGAAAAGAAAAACUGGUGCAACUUUAAAAGUUUAAAGUUUGAAAAGUGGAAGAUUGGGCUUAUAACAAGUGUCAGUUUGUGCGGAUCGAGAGGUGAAAAUUUGUAAAAAUAUGGCUCACAGUGGAAGGAUUUCACUGGGGGUCGCCUUGAUGGCGAUGACCCUGCUGUCGCAGUGUUCCGGUUCCGCUAUUCCCAUGUGGGAAUUCCUGAGUCGAGGAGAAAAGAUGUCGCACCUGUACUCGAUGUUUGCCAAACAAGUGUCCACCUACUGCAAGGGAUCGCAGGAGAUGCCGACCAACAUGUGCAAACGAAACCUCCUAAUGUACGGAAUCAACAAGCUGCAGGACAUGAACGAGUCACAUCUGGACUCGAUGGAUCCGUACCAGCGCGAUGCCCAUGAUAUAAUUUGGGACGCCAUGAUGGACGGUCACACCAAGAACGGCAAGAAGAAGGCCCAACAGACCACUGAAGCCCCGGCUCAGAUCGCCAGCGAGAGUCAGUACGAACACAACCCACUGUUUGAUGAUGCCGCCCCGCAAUCCGGAGGCAACCGCAAACAGGACUCAGCCGUCGAUAAAUUCGGCAUGGACUACGACUACAACAACGCUGCCACUGCUCAAAACCUGCAGUACGCCGAACCGCAAAACUACCUGCCCCUGACUGGUGCCGGCGCCGGCUACGAUAUCUACCAGCGCUACCAGGGAGCCGCAUCGAAUCAUUUCGACAGCCUGGCCCCAUACGAGCAGAACACCAACUUCCUGACCGGGCCCAUGGUGGUGAUGGUGCGACCAGAUGGUUCCGCCGUCCAUGCUCCCCAUCACAAAGUUCUGCCCAAGGAUGACGACAUCAAGGAGAUGACCAUUGGCAAGGACAAAAUGCCAACGUUCCAGCAGAUCUACGACAACCUCAAGCAGACUGAGGAAGUCCACGAUCACCACACGGGUGCCUCCCCGACGACGGAAACUGCCGCUCCUCAGCCGUCAGUCACAAGUUUCGUCAAAUCGUACCGGUCCGAAUACAGGCCCCAGAACUAAAACCGCUAGCCCCUGGCAGCUGCAAUGCCCUUCAAACCCCUUGAUUGUGAUUUUACUUUAGUGUACUAAUAUGACUACCUUUUACUCUAAAUUGCUACUAUUACUACUAGUACUAAUAAUCGAGGAGCUACACAGGACUCAUGGUCACUCCAGCGGCACUUUGCUAGAAAGCUGUCGAAGUCACGCAAUAUUUUAGUAGCUUUAAGGAGCGAAAGUCAAGCAAAGAUCGGACCCAGGUGGGACGGUUCCAAGCUCUGGGCUGUGCCAAAGCUCGCCCUGGCCCGACGAAAAAUAAAGUCGGGACACCAGGAAGGAUCUCUCGCGGCCCAAGCUUUCGGAGACCGCGUCUCUCGGGGCAAAUACCGAUGUCUUACAUUCAUUAAAUCCUAAUAUAUUUAUAAAUCAUCGUCACUCAUUUUCAUUAUAUUAGUUCUGUUUUCUGUAUGCCAUUGACCACACAGACAUAUGUUCGAUCGUUCCACUAUUGAACCUAGUUUCAUCACCGUCAUCAACAUCGAUUAAAAGUGGAAAUUCAUUUUGGCCUUACCGAAAAAUUAAAAAUCAUCAUCAGAGCACUGGCGGACUGUAUGAGUCUUCGAUCCUUGUUGUGAAGACAUAUACAGUGCCGUAUGCUAGUGGUGGUAAAUUUGACGUGAAAUCAAUUCAUUGGAAUCAAAAUUCAAAACUCGAAGCACCAUUCGAGCAAUGUGAUGAAUAAGAAAACAUUAGAAUACAAUGGAAAUACGUCCUAAAUCAUAAGGCACAUAAGGCUUUGCUUUGUAAAUUAUUUGUUCUUCCGCUGUUUUUAGCAAAAACCAUUUGUAUUUAUGUAUAGUCGUAGUCGGAAAGGACGACCAACCUUAGUAAGCAAUAAGCAACAUAUUUUGUAUCAAAUUUUAGCGGACGAAACGGAAGUGAAGCGUGAUGUUAGUCUCAAACAGUCCACAAUCUAUCCAACACCCUAUCAAUCAGACACACUCACACGUACACAAAUGUAGGGUUUUACACAUCGAAAACACGAAUAGAAAGCAAAAAUCGAAUCAAACGCGAAGAAAUUUGGUACGAAAUCCAACGGUAUUCCAAAUUGUUUGGAGAGUUAAAGAAUUUAGCUGAGUAAGCGAAACUAGCGUUUAAGGAAUCAAUCUCUAUAUAGGAUUAGGACUUGAAUUGGUGAACGGAAAACUAUUUCGUUUAACGCGGUGGUGUCCACAACAAAAGCUCUAGAAACGUAGGAAACCAAACGCGAAGCAGGACAUACGCACAACAUGUUAGUGGUACCCCGAGUUGCGGGCUGCCCAGAAACGAAGUAAGAACCAAGCAAAUGUGAUUUAAUGGAUAUACUUUCCCCCUUUUUAGAUUUGUAAGCGAAAACAAAUGAGAGGAGAUGAUAUUUAACUUGAAAAGGUUUUUUUUUGUUAAUAUAUCAUAGUGAUUCAAAUAAAAUAUUACUUGAAAAAAUA